GGAGACUUAGUUCAGCUCUGAACUCCUCAAUUCGGAUUUGAAACGAACCUCGUCUUUUACUCUCCGCGUGUAGCGCUCCAAACCGCAUGAAACUGCGGCGAAUCGCUGAGGAAAUGACUCUUUAAAACCCACACUGCCUCGAUCCCCCUUCCCUUCUCCACUCUCUCCAUGUUUUGGACUGGAGGCAUGUUGCUGAAACACACCGAGGAGGGCUUUCCUCCGUCUGUCCGUGCGUCAAUGGAAACCCGGCGCUGGGUGAAGGGAGAGGAGAGAGCGCACAAAAACCGAGAAGCAGUGGAGCGCCCGGGGGAGGAGGAAAAGGAACAAUAGUGGAGAACAAAUCAGAAAGGAGCCCAAAACAAUCACAAACAUGAGUUUGCCGACUAACUGUGUGUAUCUGGCCCCCUCGGUCCAGGAUCGUUACUUCAAAGUGCGCAACGGGAAUAUCUGCGGGUCUCCGUGCGCCGUCAACCGGCCCAUCGACAUCGUGCAGAAACGCAGGCGUUUUGAUGUGGAGAAUGGCCUGUCAGUGGGUCGCAGUCCACUGGACUCUCAGACUAGCCCGAGUUCUGGUCUGGUACUUCAGGCCAACUUCCCUCACAGUCAGCGCCGUGAGUCCUUCCUCUACCGCUCCGACUCAGACUUCGACCUUUCGCCCAAAGCCAUGUCCCGCAACUCGUCCACUGCCAGCGACCUGCAUGGAGAAGACAUGAUAGUGACUCCUUUUGCACAGGUUCUUGCCAGUCUACGAACAGUGAGAACUAACUUUGCUGCUCUGACACAUCUGCAAGAUCGUGUGGGAAACAAACGGCCGUCAAGCAGCAACCAGCCGCCCAUGUGUAAGCCAUGUCUCUCAGACGAGCCGUACCAGAAACUGGCGGUGGAGACGUUGGAAGAGCUGGACUGGUGUCUGGACCAGCUGGAGACGCUGCAGACGAGAGACUCAGUCAGUGAAAUGGCAUCCAAUAAGUUUAAGAGGAUGCUGAACCGUGAACUGACGCAGCUAUCAGAGACCAGCCGCUCAGGGAACCAGGUGUCAGAAUUCAUCGCCAGCACCUUCCUAGAGAAACAACAUGAUGUGGAGAUCUUGUCACCACCUGUUAAAGAGAAGGAGAAGAAGAAAAGGCCGAUGUCGCAGAUCAGCGGCGUUAAAAAGGCCACACAAAGCCCCAGCAUCGCAUCCACCUGCAUCCCCCGCUUCGGAGUCAUCACCCCACAGGAGAGCAUGUUGGCCAAGGAAAUUGAAGACAUUAAUCGUUGGGGUAUGGAUGUAUUCAAGAUAGCAGAAUUUUCCGGAAACCGCCCUCUGACGGUCAUCAUGUUCUCCAUCUUCCAGGAACGAGACCUUUUAAAAACUUUUAAGAUCCCAAUGGAUACCUUUGUCACCUUCAUGAUGACUUUGGAGGACCAUUACCAUGCUGACGUAGCUUAUCACAACAACAUCCAUGCAGCUGAUGUGGUGCAGUCCACCCACGUGCUCUUGUCCACACCCGCUCUAGAGGCAGUCUUCACAGACCUGGAGAUCAUGGCCGUUUUGUUCGCCAGCGCCAUCCAUGAUGUCGACCACCCAGGAGUCACUAACCAGUUCCUAAUAAACACCAGUUCAGAGCUGGCGCUAAUGUACAACGACACCUCCGUGCUGGAGAACCACCACCUCGCUGUGGGCUUCAAGCUGCUCCAGGAGGACAACUGUGACAUCUUCCAGAACCUCAGCAAGAAACAGAAAGACUCCCUCCGCAAGAUGGUGAUCGACAUGGUGCUGGCCACAGAUAUGUCUAAACACAUGAACUUCUUGGCGGACAUGAAGACAAUGGUGGAGACCAAGAAGGUGACGAGUCUGGGAGUUCUGCUGCUUGACAACUACUCAGACCGCAUCCAGGUUCUGCAGAACAUGGUCCACUGUGCCGACCUGAGCAACCCGACCAAACCUCUGGAGAUCUACCGGCAGUGGACGGAUAGAAUCAUGGUGGAGUUCUUCACGCAGGGAGACAGAGAGCGAGACAAGGGCAUGGAGAUCAGUCCCAUGUGUGACAAGCACAAUGCCUCCAUAGAAAAGAACCAGGUGGGAUUCAUCGAGUACAUUGUCCACCCUCUGUGGGAGACAUGGGCAGACUUGGUGCACCCCGAUGCCCAGGACAUCCUGGACACCCUGGAGGACAACAGGGAGUGGUACCAGAGCAUGAUCCCCCGCAGCCCCUCGCCCUCCAGCCCCGAGGAGCUUCCAGAUGAGACAGGGACCGAAGGAGGAACUGUGGAGGUAGGAGGGCCCGUCCCUUCAGGAGGUGGAGGAAGUGGUGGAGGAGGAGGAGGAGGAGGGGACAAGUUCCAGUUCGAACUCACCCUGGAGGAAGAGGAGGAGGAUGAGGAGGAGGUGGAGUCUGACCUGGAGAGCCCCCUAGAGGAUGACCUCCAGUUGGGCACGGAGCGGCACCGGGACUCCUCCUCCUCCCUGUCUUUGUCUCCGGACCCUCGCAGCAGCAGCAGCAGGUACCGCCCCCCUUCUCCUCACCCGUCGCGGACCCUGAGUCUGGCUGCCAUGCCGGUGCGGAGCCCCCUCCCCCACAGGACACUGGCCUCCCCGGGGCGGGAGGGCACCGACAGGGACAGAGACCUGAGCCAGGAGGGCGACGGGGUUGCCUGCCUCCGUAUGGGCACGUAACAACCAGCACAACCUGCCCCGCCUGAGAGACACGAGCACCGGGUGUAGGGAGACGACGGCAGGGCAGGCCUUCACCAAUAAAGUCUGUAAAAUCACCACAGUCCCUUUACACUGGAGACACCCUCUCUGGAGAGCAGAGGAACGGUCCCCUCUCUGUUUUAUUUUACUUUUCAGCAAGAAGAAUCGUUUAAGCCUCUCUCUGAGCGCCCGAUAGGCCUUUUGUGUCCCGUCCUGCUUUGUUGUAGCUUCAGUUCAGAGGGUCCCAGACAAAGACUGCUGCAUUUUAACUGGGAAGAAGAGUUGAGCCAAAGCGAGAACAAAAAUUAAAGGAAAUGUCUUCCUCCAAAAUAACUGUCUGUGACAUUCGGACAAGAGCAGCGAAUGAGGAUCGUGGCGGUUCGACAGGGUCUUGGAAAUUAUUUUGCACCAUAGUUUUAAUUUAGGAUAUGAAAGUAUUGAGUCUGGUUGAAAGAAGUGAGUAUGAUCUCUUUGUUUAAGCCUUUUGAGAGUGACAUGCGAGAUGAAUCAUUUUACCAAAUACAGGAUGCAUAUGAGCAGCGUUAAAAUCGAUGGACCUAAACCUCAGGGUAUGACGAGAAACAUAAAUCUAAUGUAGCACGGAUGUAGUGGGUACCUCUGACCUGAUUGAUUUACCUCCAAACCAGAGACAACCGCGACUUUGUUAAACCAGUUUUGUCUCUACAUUUAAUUAAAACCCUUUAAUAGAAAAUUUGGCAACUGAAGCAAUCAAAUAAUAUUUAUUUAAACCAGCUUGUAGCACCACAGAGAUUGAACACUGAAGAAAACUGGGCCCCAGUCUCACCUGUUUAAAAUACAAGACACCACCUGUAUAAUUAGUGUGAGCCUUUUUUUUUUUUUUACCUGAAAUGAUUUUAACUGGUGUCGUUGUUUAAGGUUUUUGAUUUUUAAACAGUUCUUUGUCGUACAGUGGCUGGUUUUGUCUGUGUUUAUGUGCUUGAAAAGCAUUUUUUUAUCAGGGUGCCUCCAGUCUGCAGUAGCACUUUACCGUCUCUGCCGUUCAGCUCUUAUAUUCAGUUACAAAGGGCUUCACCCACUGUAGGCCUACUGAUCACACAAACACAGUGCAGGACGUCUGACUUGAGGUACCAGGAGGCUGGGCAGGAAACUAACUGACUGACUGACUUUCAGAAACUAGUGCAGCAGAGGAUUUGAUGGAUUUAGACAACACCAAAACUCACAACCCUCUGUUGAUCUGAUGAUUUUGGAGAGAUAAGAAUCCUGAUUUGGGAGAAGCUUCAGAGACUGAAAAUUCUGCAAUAUUUGCACCUCAGUUUCUUGAGCAAAGAAUUUAAAGUUUAAAUGUUUCAGUUUGUGGCACAAACAAGAUCUGGAAAAGAGCUCAGUGCAAACAGAUUAUACAAAUUAAAAAGUAUUCCUCUAUGACUGUACCAUCCUCUUCAUAACUGCAGCGUUGUUUGAAAUACGUGAGAUUAAGAUUGAAAAGCUUAUGCCUCAUUUUUGCACUGCAUCCUGCGAUGACUUUCUGAAUCUACAAAAGUUCCACAAAGUCCAAAUAAUCUACAAAGUUGUCGUCAUCAGAGUCUUGAUGGCUCUUUUUAAACACUUUUGCAUCCUGUGCUGUAAUGUGGUGCAAUAAAUGCUGUAACAAUAAGGCUGGCAAUAUUUCAUAUUUUUGUUAUUGUCAACAAAUCUCAUGAAAAGACCAAAACCAACAAGGUGUCAGUCAGUCUCUCAAUACUCUCCAGCUACUUCCACUUGUCUAUGGCUCUCAUCCCCAAAUCUUUCUUUAAAAAUGGGUAUUAAUAUAUAAAUUCUUAUAAAAGGAUAAAUAAUCUACAGCUGGUAGUUUUUAGCAAAUAUUGCUCAAACAGGAGCAGUGUUGCAUUUGUUGGGGACUAUUUUCAGCCUUAGAUUUAGAGCUCUAGUGACGGCAGUACGGUGGAUUGAUAAUGAAUGUCUGACUCUGAAUAAUAAGCUAUUUUAGACUUUUGCUACACAGACAACACAUAAUUUGUUAGAAAGAUCAGGUGAUUGUUGGUCAUUUCAUAGGAUUUGUUGAGAAUAAGAAAAAUAUGCUUCAACUGUGUUCGGCCUCACCUACAAAAUUAUGCGGGCAAACUUUUUAUGAACUGACAGGAGCAUGAAGGCUUUGAGCCACACUGUUAUUUAAUCUAGGAGCCGUUAAUAAUGAAUUAAAAGCUCCCUCUUCUUUGCUUAAGCCUUAAAGGAAUCUGAGCUUGAAUGUUCUUUUUCUACAAAGACUAUAACUAUUUCAAUUCAUAUUUUCACAAAAGUAUUUUAAAUAAAUAUUUUGUUUUGAUGUCCAAAGUCAGAAGGGAUCUUUUACCUCUACAUAAGUCACCAGGUGUUGAUUUCCCGCCCGGCCGUCAGGUGCUGAUGUCGAGAUUAACAAGGAGCACAGUUUCAAAAGCUGACAGAAAUGAAGCGCCUGCAGUUCAAACUAUACAGAUCGUGUACCAUCAGGUUAUCAGUCUUAUUUGGUAGAUAUAGUGCUCGACUGGGAUGACUGUGUGCCAUAAGUGUUGAAAACACACAAACACCUGCCAGCCUACGAUGCUGUACAUUUUUACACUAGAGAUUUUAACCAGAUGAUUGUAUCAAAGUCAUUGACUUUAUAGUGUUAGUUUUUACGAAUGAUAAAUGUUAACAGUAUUUAAAGCAGACAAUUUAUUAGAUUUUGUGCAAUUUAGGAGCCGUCUGUUCAGCCCUUUCCUAAUCAGAUAGCUGAGACUUCAGAAUGUGUGUAGUUUCAGGAGUUCACGACUCUUUCUGUACCAAGUACAUGUUCAGUCUAGACCAGUGUUUGUCGCCGUCACUGAGGUAGAAAAACCGGGAAGCAAGCAAGCACUACACAAGAUUCAAUGCACUUCCUGGUCAGACAGUAGUAGAAAACACUAGUCUUACAGUAUUUCAUUAAGUCAGCUAGUAAGCUUUAUUGAUCAGCCUUACAUUCGAUCGAGAAGGUUGGUGUGUUAAAGGAUCAGUGUGCUGUUUUUCACAUGUAGAGCCUCAGAGCAUCAUUCACUCACUUCUUCCGUGAAUGUGUCUAGAACUUCACAGCUCUGGGAAACUAGAAAAGGAAGAAAACUGCUUAUUUCCACGCCUUAAAAAAGACAAAGUAAUGUAUUAAUACCAUCAGACGAAAUCCUCUUAUUUCUUAAAUGACAAAAGUUUUCACUGUUGGUUUCAGCUCGACAUCAAUUUCUGAUUGUUCCAAAGAGUUUUUGUUGUGAAGAUUAAUCAAAUAAUCAGCUAUAGUAUGAAGAAAAGUGCAGAUCUUAUUUUCAUGCUUUAUUAAUUGCAAGUUGUCUAAAGCUUGCAGUGUCAAAAUUUAUCGUAGAUGCCUUCAAAACUCCACAUGAUGAAAAUGCCACGUAAACUCCAGCAGCUUCAGACCUUUUAAAUGGGAGGUACUGACUUCCUGAAUUUACUUCUGUGCCAUCUUCAGGCCAAAAUUUCAGCUUUCAGUCAGUAUAUAUUUAGGCAAGGCAGCUUUAUUUAUUUAAACCUAUUGAAUUUACUAAAUUCUGCUUACAAGUGUUGGCAUGAAUGUUGCUUUGUUCUUUAGCACCAGCCUGAGGACAAACCAGUGUAUUACAGUAUGUGGCAGCUUAGCAGGGAUUCAUACUUUGUCUUUUAAUAGAAAGUUGUUCCGUCAGUGAUCCAGACAGAUACUUCGUUAUGUGUAUAAUGUUCACUUCUGGUCUGCCAACAUCAUUUGAGUUUAUAGUUACCUGUUAAACAGCUUUCUCUCACAUCUCCCCAAGUUAGUCUAAAUGUUGAUAAUGUGUCAACUGUGUUUUCAUUAAGAUGGAAAAAGGAGCUCAAACACCAGCCAGUUACACAUCAAGCCAUUUGAAAUAUGAAUAAUGUCAAAAAUAUUAAGUUUAAAAUCCUCUGCUUCUUAAGAUUUGUUUGAAUCAUCUGGUUUUUUUCACAAGCAGUAGGUUUCUUGGUACAAGUAGGGUACCAAGCAAGUGAUGAAUGUUCAGGUGUCCAGUUAUUCUGUAAUAAACUGAAGCAUCAGUUAGUUUGAAGUGGCUGACAGCCACCUUACACCACUGGAGUAAAGCUAAAGAAACUGCAAUGAAAGAAAACAGAAAAUAACUACUUUGACCUCUUGUUAAAAAAAAAAUUCCUAAAUUCUGAAGCAUUUAACAUGUGACUGAAAUCAGUGAGGCAUUUUCAUCAUGUGGGAUUACUGAGUAAUUUUAACAUUAGUUUCAGAUACACCAACAGUGUUCAGUUUGUGUCUCAGUGAUGAACGGUGGUCUGAGGCGUCACAUUGAAUUCAGCACUGCGGCUCCUCACAGGAAGACAUCAGUGCCAUACAGUGUUAAAUGUUGACGAGCAGGAGUGUCCCUGCUCUCGUUCAGUUAUAAUGUUGCGCUGAUGCUGCCACCAUUAAUGUUCUUGCCGUCUAGUUUUCUCAGCCUCUGUGUUGUGCAAACUUCUAUAAAGAUAUUUAUUCUUCAAACAUGUCUGUCGAGACAAAGUACUGUAAAAUAGGACAUUUAAUUUUAUGUUCUGGAGCCUAAAAAUCAAGUAUACUUUACAAGUAUGUAUACAUCUGCCACUCCAAUGUUUUUGUCAAAGAAAACUAUUUUUGUUUCUCAUUUUAAGCCAAAAGAGUCUCGGGAGUUUAGGGUGUUUUAAGUGGAA